CGGCGAUUCGAAGUGUUAGCGGGAGGAAGUUGCUGUUGUAGCAGACAGUGGGGAACUUAUUACAAGCUUUUGAGUAAAUACUACGUAAAAUAAAAUACUGAUAAAUAUCAUUGUUAAAAUAGAAGUCACCUCCAUGCUUGAUGAAAACGUUGUACGGGAGAGGAUACAAUAUAUCUGUUAUUUAAUCUCCGUAACAGCGUCUAUUAUCAACUAGCAAAGCCUACUGUAUGUUUACAAAAACCUACCGAGAAACUGUUCAAGUUAGAUAGUUUUCCCCUUCAGUUAUUUGAUUAUUUUUGUUCAAGACCGCCAUUGACCGACCUUGGGUGUAAAAAGAUGGAUGUAUCGACCUGUUUGAAGUCUCUUCUGUUGGCCAUUCGUCAGUACAGAAAUAACAGGAGCGCUUUAAAUGCAUCACAGCUGCAGAAACACAUCGAAGAUGUUUCGGGGCUGAAAUGUGGUGGAGUGCUGUUUUCAGGUCAGGUGCUGCCCAGCGAGUGUCUGAGUGGACUCAUGGAAGUAGCUGGAGAUCCCAACACCAGUCACGCACUGACGGGAUCCAUUAUAUCCCUGCUGGCACAGUUUGCUUCUGGUGGUGAGGCUAAAGAGGCUCUUCACAGCAGCUACAACUUCACCGGCACUUUGGCAGCCAUAAUCCACUGCAACAGAACCACACCAGAAGAGCCUCUUGUGCUGCAGUGCCUUAAUGUGCUGCAGCAACUGACCUACAACAUGAGGACUCUGCAUUGUGCCUCUCACAUCCAUGAGCUCAUCAGCUUCCUAAUGCAACAUGUCCAGUCAAGUAAUGAUGACAUUGUAAAAGCCUGCUUGGGCCUGAUGGCCAACCUCUGUCGACACGACAUCUCUGUGCAGUCACACAUCAAAUCUCAGAGUAAUGUGAAGGCUUUCUACAGAGCCUUGAUUAAUUUCCUGGGUCAUAACUGUCUGACUGUGGUCGUCUUUGCGCUGUCCAUAUUAUCAAGUUUGACUCUUAAUGAAGAGGUUGGGCAGAAGCUGUUUAAUGCAAAGAACAUUCAUCAAACCUUUCAGCUGAUAUUUAAUAUCACCGUCAACGGAGAUGGCACAUUAACCAGGAAUUAUGCUGUGGACUUGUUAGGGGAUCUCCUGAAAAACCCCAAAAUUGCUGAUUACCUGACCAAGUAUAAACACCUCUCAGUUUGUCUUUCCGAGGUUCUUGGGCUAUUACACAGCAAAGAUCCUGAUACUGCAUCAAAGGUUAUGGAGUUGCUGGUUUCUUUGUGCUCAGUCCCUGUCCUGCGUAAGCUCGUCUGUGAGACGGUGCUCCGACCUCCAGCCCCUCGACUGCAGCCUGGUACUAGAAAAUGUGUUCAGGCUCGAGGGUCUGAACCGAGUUUAGCACUCGUCCACUGGGUUACGUCACCUCUGGAUGGUCCAGAGCAGUGCUACAUGCAGGCUCUGUCCCUGCUGGCUGAGCUUUUUGAAGAGGCAAUUGAUUCCUCUCUGUGCAGCUCAGCUCAGUCGUUUGUGGAGCUCCUUCUGCAGGAGGUGUUGGUUUUGCUGCAGUCUCCAGACUCCACUGAAGGAGACCAGCUGCUAAAGAAACACAGUCUACGUGCAGGCCGUGUCGUUGAUUUUCUAUUAGUGCUUUGCGGCGAUGAUGCUCUGAGGAUGCUGGUGUCCCAGCGGCUCAGUCCUGAGGUGUGUGUCUCACAGGUGGAGCUUCUGCUGUCCUACAAUCAAGACCUCUCUGGGUCCACCUGCACUACCUCCAACUAUCAGCUCAGUCAGGUGUGCUCUGAGGUGGUGCUGAAGACUCUAGAACUGAUGAGCCAUCUUAGGCAGCAGAUGCCAGACAUGGAGACGUCCUUCUACAGGAUCUUACAGGACCAGCGCAUGGUGACGCCUCUCUCACUAGCGUUGACCUCUAACUGCAGAGAGCAUGUGCAGGUCGCCCUUCACAUACUUUUUGAAGCAGCCCCACUGCCCGAUUUCCCCUCUGUCAUUCUGGGGGACAGUAUUGCUGCCAAUAACGCAUACCGUCAGAGGGUUGGUGAGCUGUCGAUCUGGAGCAGUUCUGCUAGUGAAGAUGUGUCUUUCAUGGGGAAGAUUUUUCCCAUAAUGCAUGCUGAACCUUCUGGUUCUGCUUACCAAAGUAUCGACAGCCUCAUCGAGAAGCUUCAGAACGGAGCGAAGUUACAGGAGAAGGUCAAAGAUGUGCACAUGUCAGAGAUCAUUGAUGUGUAUGAGCAGAAGCUUUCUGCACUAGCGUGUAAAGAGAGCCAUCUGCAGGACCUUUUGGAGGCCAAAGCACUCGCGCUGUCGCAGGCUGAUCGACUCAUUGCUCAAUACCGCUGUCAGAGAGCUCAGGCGGAAGCUGAGGCACGUAAAUUGGCAUCUCUACUCAAAGACACGGAGCGGAAGAAAGAGGAUCUGCAGACGGAGUUGAAUGAUCAUCUGUUGGAGGUCGAGAGACUGAAGUCUGACAGCCAGCAGCUCCUGGAGCACAACGGCCGUCUGCAGGCAGUCGCUGACCAGCAUCAGGAGCUGAAGGGCACCUACAACCAGCUGCUAAGUAGGUAUGACAAAAGUGAAGGGAUGCUGAAGGAACUGCAGGCUGCCCAUAUCUCUCUUACCCAGCAGGCUGAGGGGCUGAGAAAGACCAAUGAGGGAUUAAAACUCCAACAGGAGAGGAGUCUUGCAGAGUUGGCAGAAAAAGAACAGCAGAUAAAGGGCCUAAACACAGACGUGCUGGAGAAAGAGCGAAUUAUAACAGGUCUUCAGAAUGAUCUGAGGAGACAAGAGGAGCAGAUCCAUGAGAUGGUGGAGAACAUUUCCAUCCUCAGGAAAGAGCUUAAUAAGACGGAGCAAGCCAGGAAGGACACCAGCAUCAAGGCUUCCUCUCUGGAGCUGCAGAAAUCCCAGCUAGAGGCCAAGCUGGAGAAGAUGGAGGAAGAGCUGAGCAAACACUCGCAAAUGAUCGCCAUGAUACACAGUCUCAGCAGCAGCAAACUCAAGGGGGACGCCACCGCCAACCUCUCUCUGUGACACGCACACAUUCAUGUACACACCAUCAAGCUAUGAAAUGCUUCACAUGCUUCAUGAAAUGGAAAUAACUUAUUUUAUCUGUAUGUCUUAUAACUUUUACUCCGUAUACUUUGUGUUUUCUUUAAUGUUUUUAUGAAUGAAUAAAUGUCUAUAGAAGAUAAAAUAUUAACAUUACAUUUUCUCUGCUUUCAUUUUGGAUUACAUUCAUUAUUGCAAUUAUUCAGAUGUUGAUGUAAUGUGCAGAUUUUUGAAAUAAUCUUUGGCCACCAGAGGGCACUGUACAAACUGUUUACAGAUUGUGACAAUGUAUUUAAACUUUUUUUUUAAUAAACAAGAAUACUUGUCUACUCUCCCUAAGAGAAAAUAUUCAUUGAUCAUUCCUUCAGUUUCACAAUGAUAAGGAUGUGGUUUAACAGCUCAGAGUGUGUGUGCUUUAUUAGAGCCUUUCAUGUGAAAGGUAUGACUUGUUAAAAUUAAAUCUUUUAGGCCUGUAAAAAUCAGAGUUUAAAUUAUAGUUUC